AUGAGGAAGCCUGACGGUAAGAUCGUGCUUCUCGGGGACAUGAACGUGGGCAAGACGUCCCUGCUGCAGAGGUACAUGGAGCGGCGCUUCCCGGACACGGUCAGCACGGUGGGCGGCGCCUUCUACCUGAAGCAGUGGCGCUCCUACAACAUCUCCAUCUGGGACACCGCAGGGCGGGAGCAGUUCCAUGGCCUGGGCUCCAUGUACUGCCGGGGGGCAGCCGCCGUCAUCCUUGUGUAUGAUGUGAAUCACCUGCAGAGCCUGCGGGAGCUGGAGGACAGGUUCCUGGGCCUGACGGACACAGCCAGCAAAGACUGCCUCUUCGCCAUUGUGGGGAACAAAGUGGACCUCACCGAGGAGUGGGAGUGGGCCUUGGAGGGCUGGGACAAGGAGGGGAGCAGCCCCGGGAAGGCCGGUGGCGGCUGUGUCCAAGCCAAGGUGCCCAAGCAGGUGCAGCUAGAGGACGUGAUGGCCCUUUACAGAAAGAUCCUGAAGUACAAGAUGCUGGACGAGAAGGAUGUGCCGACUGCUGAGCAAAUGUGCUUCGAGACCAGCGCCAAGACCGGGUACAACGUGGACCUCCUGUUCGAGACGCUGUUUGACAUGGUGGUGCCGGGAAUCCUACAGCAGAGGUCCGAGGGCCUGGCACAGACCGUGGAUAUCACCAGUUAUAAGCCACCCAAGCGGACCAGAGCGGGGUGCUGCGCCUGACUCGCACGGGGCCCCCUGGCUCUCGGUUUGCGCGUCGGAAAGGCUGUGGUCAGAAAGCAGCACAGAAAAUCAGGGAGUUAUUUUGUAGGACAGCACCCGGAGGGGAAUAUUGCCAUGGAAAUGACAGUCAUGGAGAGAAGAUCUGUGUGCGUGGUCAGCUCAGUCUCUGCUGGGUGUGUUGGGAGAUGCAGGAACAAGGGAAUCCUCCCCAGGGCCCAGUCUGCAGAGCCGGGCGCCUGGGACCUCUCCACCGCUGCCCGCGUGGGGCACCCUUGCCGGUUCCCAUGUCGUCUGACUUGUGUGUUUGCUGUUCUCACACCUUUCUCUUCACUGUGAUUUGCCUUUGGUCUGUGUAUCUUCAUGCAUUAUAAUAGUGAUUCUUGACAUGUUAAUUUAUACAAAAUCAGGAAUAACUUUUUAUAUUGGUUGCAGCAGAGUGGGCUACAUGUGUUAUUAAAAAGAAUUUUUGGAAAAA